AUGUUGAAGGGACAUAAACAGCAGCAGCAGCAGAAUGAGCAGCAGCAGCAGAAGCAGGAGCAGCAGCAGCAGAAGCAACAACAGCAGGAGGAUCAAACAACCAGCAACAGAAACAGCAGCACAAGGGAUAAGCCAACAGCAGCAACAGCAGCAGCAGCAGCAGCAGCAGCAGCAGGAGCAGCAGCAGCAGCAAUGUUGAAGGGACAUAAACAGCAGCAGCAGCAGAAUGAGCAGCAGCAGCAGACGCAGCAGCAGAAGCAGCAACGGCAGGAGGAUCAAACAACCAGCAACAGGAACAGCAGCACAGGGGAUAAGCCAACAGCAGCAACAGCAGCAACAGCAGCAGCAGCAGCAGCAGCAGCAGGAGGUUACCUGCUGCUGCAGCGUUUGUAUGAGGGUGCGUGUGCUGCCUAUAUCAGCAGCAAACUGCUGCAGCUGCUGCUGCUCUGCUGCUGGCAGCCCCCCAACCUCUUCUGGGGGAGAGAGAAGGCCGAAGUCAGUGAGUGUGGGGGCCUUGAACUCCUCUAG